GCGCUCACACACACAGUGACGUCCCACACGCCGUUUCGCGAUAACGUGUACCGACGCCGACCGACUCGCACGUCCGACCCGCACGACCGCGUAUAGAAAACACGACCGACGGCACACACACACACGGUCGGACGUAACCGGUCGCCCUCCGUCGAAACAGCAAACAGUAGCGACGAACAGGUGCUCACCGCACGUCGUCCUGUAAUCUCGUCCUCAGAGUGUUCCGAACACCUCUCUCGUAUUACGUAAAAAAAAAAAAAAACGUUUCAGACAAACAACGCGGAGAAAGCGAACCGUCGCGGGAAGAGAACGAUCGCGACGCCGACAACCCGUCCGUGGUCCACUGCCACUCGUCCAGUGACAUACAACUCCAUCGCGGAACGGUGGCCGACAACUGGUAACCGCGGUUGGAGUUGCGUACCGCUUCGCACCGAUGGUUACCGCGUACCGCAGCACGCCGGCAUAGUUUCAGGUGCCGAUCAUCUCAAAUGAUCCGACGACUUUACACCGCGUCCAACCAGCUUUUUGAAAUCGGGAACUCGUGGAGAACAGCUUAUGCGCAAUGUGUCCUCAAGGAAUGUUACGAAUAUUAUACUGAUGCCCGUGAUAUAUUGACUCUCCGGAAUUAUUGGCAGCCUCAAAACAUACUGAACUAGACCUGCGCCACCGCGGUGGGGACAGAACGAGAAGAGGAAAAGGAUACGAAUCGCCGCGGCAGCCAUGCAGCGCGGUGGGACUCAUGAUUUUUCCAUUGUCCUGGCCAUAUCCGCCGCUUGUUUUAUCGGCCAACUGACGCUCGGCAUCCACAUAAAAGAAUGUGACGAAGCACUGGGUAUGGAAUCUGGUGCAAUUCCGGAUUCAGCGAUCACAGCAAGUUCGUCGUAUAAUGUUCCCAAUGUCGGACCGAGCAAUGGAAGAUUGAGAGUGGAACGAGCCGGAGGCGGAUGGUGUCCUAAGCCGCCGGUGGAGCAGGGCGUCCGCGAGUGGUUGCAGGUGAACUUUGAGAAGGUGCACAUGAUCACGGGAAUACAGACGCAGGGACGGUUCGGCAACGGACGUGGGCUCGAGUACGCCGAGGAGUACACCGUGGAGUACUGGAGGCCGGGGAUGGCGGAAUGGAAACCGUACAAGAGAUGGGACGGCAAACAGAUAAUGUCCGGCAAUACGGAUACAUCGACAGUAGUCUUGCAUCAUCUGCUACCACCCGUGUACGCUUCGCAAGUGCGCAUAUUGCCAUACAGCGUUCACCGUCGUACUGUUUGCCUGAGGGCAGAGAUCAGAGGAUGUCCAUCCGACCAUGGAAUAACCAGCUACACUAUCCCAUUGGACGGGACUGUGAGUGACAGUACUGACAUGGGUGACUUGUCAUACGACGGAGAAGUACAUGGUGAUAAAAUUCAAGGAGGUCUGGGACGCCUAGUCGAUGGCGUUCAUGGAGAAGAUAACUUCAAAAUGGAUAUUGGCUACGGGAAAGGUAACGGAUGGGUUGGAUGGCGCAAAGAAUCAUUUUCAAAAGGAUUUGUAGAACUAGUGUUUGAGUUCGGUGAAGUGAGAAAUUUUUCGGCCGUUCACAUAUUUACCAAUAACUUCUUCAGCAAAAAUGUACAGGUUUUCUCCAAAGCGAGGGUGCAGUUCAGCGUGGGCGGAGUGCAUUAUCACGGCCGAUCGGUUUGGUACACGUACAUGCCGGACACUGUUCUGGAGAAUGCCAGAGACGUCGACAUACAGUUGCAUAAUCACGUGGGCAAGUUCGUGAAAAUCCAGCUUUACUUCUCCAACAAGUGGAUAAUGAUUAGCGAAGUGAAGUUCGAUUCCGAACCGUUGCCUCAGAACGUGACGGUGGACGCGGACACGCCGUUUGAAGACGAACAGCUGGUCGGAGGUGCGGUGGAUCCGCCUUGGGACUCCCCCGACACCACCGCGCACAAGGAGAAGGACGACAGGACCGGCGGCGGCGGUUUGGUAGAGGUGCUCAUCGGCGUACUGACGGCCGCCACGCUCAUCCUGCUCGGCAUAUGCGCCAUCGUACUGGCCCUCAGCCGUCGCAAAAAGCACCAGACCAUCAGCACGUCGAUAUUCAAAAAACCGUUUGGCGUCACCAUCAACAUGAAAGACAUAUUUAUGAACCUGUCGCCUCACAACAACAACAGCAGCAUCAACAACAACAACAACAACUCGGCCUUGGGCGGCAACCGGCACAUCACCGAGAACCCGUUUCCGAUCAGCGAGCAGAUGCGCAGUGAGAGCUUCGCAUCCGACGGCUACGACAAAUCGCAGCAGAACGUCAUUUACGAGACGCCACUGCUGGCCCGCAAGGAUUACGAGACAAUUCGCAGCGGUAAAGUUACAGACGCCAAAAGUUCGAUUUCCGUGAAAGAAUUUUGCCGUAGCGAUUCAGAACGAGGAUCGCUAAGCAGUCUGGAAAUCGAUGUAAGGCCGACCGAAUACUCAACGAGAGACAGUGUCACCUCGUUGCAUUACCGAAGUCUACAGAAUCAAGUUUUACCGAUGUCCGUAGCGGAUGUUCCGAUUCGUCCCAAACACCUCCAAUACACUGCCGACGCCCCGUCCAGGAAAAGAUUUCACACGGCUCCUCGCGAAAAGCACAGGAUCGCCCCGCCGUCCGUGUCGUGGAACAUAAGCCCGAGCAUGGGCCAAGCGUACAAGUGCCGGGAGGCGGACAUCGUGCAGAUACCGCGGUACUGCCUGAACGUGGUCAGCCAACUGGGCAGCUCGCACCUUGGCGAGGUGGCCGUGUGCGAGACGAUGGACGUGCGCAUGACGGACAAUGGCCGCGUGGCCGCCAAGACGUGCGGCGCGGACUCCACCAGGGAGGUGAAGUUCCUGUGCAGCCUGCUCGACCCGAACCUGGUGCGCGUUUUCGGUGUCUGCGCCGACCAGUCGCCGCCGUGGCUGAUCACCGAGUACCCGGCUGAGCUCGGCGAUCUGGUCAUCGUGCUCCGGACGCACUCCACGCUCACAUACACGACGCUAAUGUUUAUGGCCACUCAAAUCGCAUCGGCCAUGAAGUAUCUGGAAUCCAAGAACGUAGUGCACAAAGAUUUAGCAGCCAGGAACUGCCUGGUUUCGAGGGGCUACUCCAUUAAAGUGGCCGACGUGGCCAUAUGCAAUCCGGCUUACAAAAAGGACUAUAGCGAAAUCGGAAACAGACCUCCGGCACCAAUCCGAUGGCUUCCGUGGGAGAGCAUUUUACUGGAUCGUUACACGUGUCCAAGCACGGUGUGGUCGUUCGCGGUAACGACAUGGGAGCUGUUGACCAUGGCCAGAGACAAACCGUUCCCGCACCUUACCAACGAACAGGUCAUACACAACGCGGAACAAAUGUACUACGGGGGCGAGCUACAAGUACUCCUGCCGAAACCCAACCUGUGCCCCGCCGAGAUUUACGAGCUCAUGUGUCAGUGUUGGAAGCGCGAUCAAAACUUGAGGCCCACGUUCAAGCAACUUUACCAUUUCCUGAAAAGAAAUCACACCACGUACUCGUGCGAGAUCGACAACCAACUGCACAACGUUUCACCAAUAUAAUAAUAGAAAUAAUAAUAAUUGUUGUUAUAAAUUUCGUUUGUUUUUAUUUUUCAAAUCUUUCGUACAUGUAUAAUAGAUAUGAAUUGUGUACAUUUUCUUGUCGAAAACGUAAAUGAACAUUUUCUUUACCCCGAGGGCGUAGGUAAACAUUAUUUAUGGAGGGGGAGGAGGAUUUUGAUAUGUUUAGGUAAUAAUUAUUUUUAUUAUUACCUAUUUAUUUACCGGCUGGGAUUUUAGCAAUGGGGAGGGGGAUUUAACCUUCAAAACUCCCCCUUACCUACGUCGCUGCUUUACCGCUCUGUUCAGUAAAAACAUUCGCUAAACAAAAAAAAAAAAAAA